GCGGAGGAUGCCGCCGCCGCCGCCACCGCCUCUGCCACCCGCCGGCCCCCGGCGAGCCUGACUCCAGCCCCGAAGAUGGAGCCGGCGCUAGACGCUGCAGCGGCUCCCGGCGCGCCCCCGACCAGGUAGCUGUCAUCUGUGCUGUGUGGCUGGAAGAAUCCCCAUUCCUGGUUGUCCUUUUGGAGCUGUCCUUUCAAACUGGAGGCCAGGGGCGAGUCCCCUAUACCCCCAUUGCUGAACGAGUCAAAUUCAAAAAGUUUCCUGGCCACAGGGCUUUGACACGGGCUCUGACCAUUGCACUGCCUGCCCAAGGGAGGCCUGGGGCCCUUGCAGCUGAGUCUCUCCAGCGUGAAACAGUACCUCUUUGACCUCCCGCCUCGGAGCAGCAGCCCCAUGAAGGUGCCCAGCCAUGCAAUGUUCCUGGAAGGCCGUCCUCCUCCUUGCCCUGGCCUCCAUCGCCAUCCAGUACACCGCCAUCCGCACCUUCACCGCCAAGUCCUUCCACACCUGCCCUGGCCUGGCCGAGGCAGGGCUGGCUGAGCGGCUGUGCGAGGAGGGCCCCACCUUCACCUAUAACUUCUCCAGGAAGACCCACGUCCUCAUCUUGGCCACCACUCGCAGCGGCUCGUCCUUCGUGGGCCAGCUCUUCAACCAGCACCUGGACGUCUUCUACUUGUUUGAGCCUCUAUACCACGUGCAGAACACGCUCAUCCCCCGCUUCACCCAGGGCAAGAGCCCUGCCGACAGGAGGGUCAUGCUGGGUGCCAGCCGUGACCUCCUGCGGAGCCUCUAUGACUGUGACCUCUACUUCCUGGAGAACUACAUCAAACCGCCCCCGGUCAAUCACACCACCGACAGGGUCUUCCGCCGAGGAGCCAGCAGGGUCCUCUGCUCGCGCCCAGUGUGUGACCCGCCCGGGGCCCCCGACCUGGUUCUGGAGGAGGGGGACUGUGUCCGCAAAUGCGGCCUGCUGAACCUGACCUUGGCCGCCGAGGCCUGCCGCGAGCGCAGCCACGUGGCCAUCAAGACCGUGCGGGUGCCCGAAGUGAACGACUUGCGGGCCCUGGUGGAGGACCCCCGCUUAAACCUCAAGGUCAUCCAGCUGGUGCGAGACCCUCGUGGCAUCCUGGCCUCCCGGAGCGAGACGUUCCGGGAUACGUACCGGCUCUGGCGGCUCUGGUACGGCACGGGAAGGAAGCCCUACAACCUGGACGUGACGCAGCUGACCACGGUGUGCGACGACUUCUCCAACUCCGUGUCCACCGGCCUCAUGCGGCCCUCGUGGCUCAAGGGCAAGUACAUGCUGGUGCGCUAUGAGGACCUGGCCAGGAACCCCCUCAAGAAGACCGAGGAGAUCUACGGGUUCCUGGGCAUCCCCCUGGACGGCCACGUGGCCCGCUGGAUCCAGAACAACACGCGCGGCGACCCGACUCUGGGCAAGCACAAGUACGGCACGGUGCGCAACUCGGCGGCCACCGCGGAGAAGUGGCGCUUCCGCCUCUCCUACGACAUCGUGGCCUUCGCUCAGAACGCGUGCCGGCAGGUGCUGGCGCAGCUGGGCUACAAGCUGGCCACCUCGGAGGAGGAGCUGAAGAACCCGGCCGUCAGCCUGGUGGAGGAGCGCGACUUCCGCCCCUUCUUGUGACCCGGGCAUGUGGUGGGGGUGGGAGGCAGGGGGCGUCGGUUUUGAUAACACGGACCGUUUUUAACUGUUGCCUUAUCUCCCCUCCCUCUCCCACCCAACAUCUGGGUUCUUCCCGCCCCUUCCCUCCAUCUCCCGCCCCCUGUCUGGUUCCUUCCUGGCCCCUGCCCUCCCUUUCCCUCUCGAUAUCCGUGUCCUUGCCACCCCCUGUCCUCACCCUCCCUCUGCCUCUUUUUGUCUCUGGAAUUUGCACUAUGUCUUAGAAGGGAAUCUCUGGGGCAGAGGGUGGGUGGAGUGGGCUACGGCCCCCCUACUCCUCAUUCAGACACACAUGCUGAGUCUCAACGCGGAUGGGGAUGAAGUUUACAAGCACCCCCUUUUCUUCCACAUUCACACAUGCACAUGGGCAGGUGAGGAGAGGCACCCCCCCCCCUCCCAACACACAUCUUCCCUAGCUGUUUGAAUGGAUGAGUGGCUGGGCAUUGUAGUUUUUGCACUGUCUUCUAUGAGGUAAGAGAUUACAAACAGAAGGAGCACAUCUUCCUCAUUUAGGAAAGGGGUCUAUCUCUCCCCAUCCUUGUUUCCUUUCCCAGACUCCCCCUCUCUCCCUCUGAGCAGAGAAACUGCCCCUCCUGCCACCCUUGCCUGUCGGUGAGCAGGUUUUAACUGUGAGGUGAACGUGGAGCUUCUGCCCUUUUCCAGUCUGUGAUUAUGCUGUCUGUCCAUCUGAGUCUUGUGGUGCCCUUGAACCUGCGAUGACUGAUGAAUCUUUGGAGUUUCUGAUUGAUCUUGGGGUACGUCUGUGAUAUUUCUUUGUGCAGAAAGAUUAAAAAAAAAUAAGUGGAUCAGUUUGCUAAAUGAUAUUGAGAUGCUUUAUCUGUGUUUUUCUGUAAAUAAAAGUGUGCAAUAAUA